AAGGAAAAUAUGUCAAAAUAUUGAUCCAAAAAUAAAUAAAAAUAAAUCUACUGUUUUAUAUGGCAUAUUUCCUUAGCUGGCUUCCCUACACCAUUUAAUUGUACUCCACUUGAAGAGAUUUAGACUUGGAAGACUAUGUACAUGUGUAAAAAUUAAAUUAUUAUGUAAAUAGCUCGAAAAGUCUGGCAACGCUUGCUCAUUGAGACCAUACUCAAGGCUUGCCGGACUGUGCGUCUUAGUGUGCCCAGCUGCCGUGGAGCGAAAAUUGGCCCUUUUUAUGAAAGAUUAACGGAAUGGUAUCGAUAGUGACAAAUGUUUUGCCAGCUCUAAUAGUUAUGUCUUUCGCCGAAAAACUAAACCACUACAGUAAACGGAAAUCGUUUCGAUAUGGGAUUCCCUUCCUGGUUAUGAUGGUCGCCGGCUCAUUUGGCCUGCAGCAGUUCUCAAACCUCAGGUAUCAGUACUCCAAGAAACAGCCGGUGACUCCGGAGGAGAUGAAGAAGUACGGCGUAAACAUGAAAAAACGCCAGGAGGUGACGCUGGAAACUGAGUACGACAAGGUGAAAAACGUGGACAUUGAUAACUGGGAAAACAAACGUGGUCCACGCCCCUGGGAGGAGGAGGGCCAGACGACGGCGGCAAAACAUUAACUAUUUUGUUAUUCAGGAACAAUUUGGCCCACUGCCUUAGCAAUUUCCUCUACAGUAGGGCGGUCAAAUUAUCCUAUUCGACCCAAACAAAUGUUAUCCGUGUUAAGGACUUGCUGAAAGCAGACUGUUUGUUGUAUAUAGUCUUAAAUUAAUAUAUAAAAAUGUUUAUAAAAGGCGAAUGAUAUUUUGUUAAA